GAUACAAAUGUUUAAAAUCAAGAGGGUUUUUCUUUCCCUAUUUGAAAAAUGUUUGGUUUGAAUGAUAGGGCAUGGCUCAUUAGUACAGAUCCGAAAGCAAGCUGUGCAGACAUCUUGUGCAACAAUCUAAAUUCCAAAGCAGAUGAUGUCACCUAUCUAUGCCUUAUAAAUGGAGCAAUGUUUCAGAUGUAUCUGAACAAUUUAUCUGCACCAAUACCCAGUGCUACCAGAAUGGCUGUCUCAGUACUUCGCCUGACAGUUGUCCUGGGACUGCUUGUCUUAAUCCUGACCUGCUAUGCAGAUGACAAACCAGACAAGCCAGACGACAAGCCAGACGACUCAGGCAAAGACCCAAAGCCAGACUUCCCCAAAUUCCUAAACCUCCUGGGCACAGAGAUCAUUGAGAAUGCAGUCGAGUUCAUCCUCCGCUCCAUGUCCAGGAGCACAGGAUUUAUGGAAUUUGAUGAUAAUCAAGGAAAGCAUUCAUCAAAGUGACAUCCUCAGGACACACCCAUGUGGCUCCUGGACAAUCCAAGAGCAGCCAAAUCCUGCUUUUCCAGUUCUGCUUCACAAGUCCUCCGGGACAGAGCCCUCAAAGCAACACCCAGCGAGUUCUCAGGAUUCAGGCUCUGGCUUCAACCAAACAGAACUCAUUUUGAACACCCGGACUGCAUUUUUGCUUUUAGAAAGUUAGAAUAAAUAUGGCGCUUUGGGAUCACAUAGUUGAUUGAGAAGAUUCGUGUUGCUAUUAGUAAUUUUUUCUGGCCAUGUUUAAAGUUUUAAUGAUGCAAAUAUAUAUAUAUAUAUCCUGGUGAAUAUUUAUAUGUUUAUAUAUUCAAACGGAUAAUCAAAGAAUGGUUCAAAAUAGGAGGACUAAAGCCCAGAUAAUGUAGCAAGUUCAAAUUCAUAGAGGCAAUGAGUGACAGAAAGAGAAAUAAAACCUGACCUCAAAACAAGCUCUCAACUCCUAAAAAUGUAUGCAGCUUCAGAGUUAAAAGUUUUACACAUCUUUUUUGGAAAGUGUUUUAAAACUAUCUGAGCCCACUCUCCUAUGCUAGUAAACUUAAAAACCGACUUUUUAAAAUUAGUAAAAUCAUUGCCUUCCCCCAGAGUCACUAUUUUUCUCAUAGAAUAGCAGUGUCAGGGAUGGAAGAGUCCUCGAAAUGUUUAGUGCAGCCCUUUCAUGCCACCACCUUAUUACACAGAGGUGGAUCCUCUGCAGCCAUGGCUGUGGUUCUUGCCCACUUACCAGAAGGAAAAUGUGACAGCAGAGCUAGAAAUACAGUAUUCUCCCAGAAUUAUUUAACGCAGACAGUAAGACAAGACUGAAAUCUUAUCAUGGAGCAAGAUGCCAAUUAAAGCAGUGAUCGAAUCUAGAAUAAAGUUUCUAUGUUUCUAUGUGCUGCUUCUGCUGAGUUCUCAAAAACUAUCUUGAGUUUUGUCCUUCCCAAACACAGAAACUCUGGAAGUAACUCAAGUGUAUGUUUAAUAAAUCUUUUGUUUGUU